UCCCUGCGGGCACGAGGGCUUCCAUGAUUCUAUUCCAUCCACCUUCUCUCUCUCUCUCUCUCUCUCUCUCUGUCUCUCCCCCUAUCCAAUUCCAAACAAUGGCGGCCACUCUCUCCUCCAUCUUCAACAUCCACCCUCACUCUGCUAUCCGCUUCAAUUACCGCCUCAUUUCUUCUUCAAUCUUCAUUUUCUCACCCCGUCUCCCCACAAAACGCCCUUUCCGAGCCCUCGAUUUCUCCAGAAAACUGUCUCAUAACCCUGUGUUCAAUGAUGAUAGCAAGAACAGUAUCCCUAGCUUUCACCAUUUCCUUGCUAAAGCUCAAGCUCAAGCUGCUACUGUUAUUGUCUCGGAUAGUGAUACUCAAGCUGAUGAUGUCCUGCCAAAAGGUCGUAUAUAUCAAGAAACCUAUGGAUGUCAGAUGAAUGUCAAUGAUAUGGAGAUUGUCUUAUCGGUUAUGAAAAAAGCUGGAUAUGAAGAAAUCGUAAAUGACCCGGAGAGUGCCGAGAUUAUCUUCAUUAACACCUGUGCUAUUCGAGACAAUGCUGAACAACGAGUAUGGCAAAGACUUAAUUACUUUUGGUUCUUGAAACGACAUUGGAAAAGCAAUGUUGCCACGGGGCGAUCACACUCUUUACGUCCUCCAAAAGUAGUUGUACUCGGUUGUAUGGCCGAGAGGCUAAAAGAUAAAAUAUUAGAUGCAGAUAAAAUGGUCGAUGUUGUUUGCGGGCCCGAUGCAUAUCGUGAUUUGCCGCGCCUUCUACAAGAAGUAGACAAUGGUCAAAAGGGGAUCAAUACCCUUCUAUCUCUUGAAGAAACCUACGCUGACAUAAGCCCGGUUCGGAUAUCCAAAAAUUCUAUUUCGGCUUUUGUUUCGGUGAUGCGGGGUUGUAAUAACAUGUGUUCUUUUUGCAUAGUUCCGUUUACGAGAGGCCGAGAGAGGUCUCGUCCUGUCGAAUCUAUAGUCAAAGAAGUUGCGGAACUUGAAAAGGAAGGUGUCAAAGAGGUCACGCUUCUUGGUCAAAAUGUCAACAGUUACAACGAUGCGGGUGAUGAUGAAGUUGAACCGACUGUUGAUUGGAAGCUGAGUGACGGGUUUUCGAGUAAAUGCAAGGUGAAAAAAGUCGGGUUGCGUUUUGCGGAUCUUUUAGAUAGACUUUCACUUGAGUUUCCAGAAAUUCGGUUUAGAUACACGUCUCCACACCCUAAAGAUUUCCCAGAUGAAUUGUUGUAUAUAAUGAGAGAUAGGCACAAUGUUUGCAAAAAUAUACAUUUGCCUGCACAAUCCGGGAAUAGCAACAUGCUUGAAAGAAUGAGACGGGGGUACACACGAGAAGCGUACUUAGAACUCGUGAGCAAGAUUCGGAGUAUAAUUCCAGAUGUCGGGUUAACCAGUGAUUUCAUAUGUGGCUUCUGUGAGGAGACGGAGGAGGAACACCAAGACACUUUAAGUCUUGUAAGAGCGGUUGGUUACGAUAUGGCAUACAUGUUUGCAUAUAGCAUGAGGGAGAAAACACAUGCUCAUAGAAACUAUACCGAUAAUGUGCCCGAGGAGGUAAAACAAAGACGACUGACAGAACUUAUUGAAGCGUUCCGCGAGUCAACCGGUCAGUGUUUCGACUCGCAAAUUGGGUCGGUUCAGCUCGUGUUAGUUGAAGGCCCGAAUAAGAGAGCUCCUGAAACCGAGCUAAUAGGAAAGAGCGAUAGGGGUCACAGGGUAAUUUUCACUAACUUACCGGUUCCGGAUUUGGCAGGUUGUGAUGGCGAUCGAGUUCCAAGAGUUGGUGAUUAUGUACAUGUUAAGAUUUUGAAAUCAUCACGAGCAUCACUAUUUGGUGCUGCACUUGGUAUCACAACCAUGAGUUCAUUUUACAAUGUUGCACAACAAGAAGCUGUUGCUUCUUUGUAAGUUGAUCUUGAUAUGGCCUUUUUUAUGUAGUUUUACUGGAUUUAGUUGUUUAUCAUGACCUUUUGUUUUAUUAUAUAUUUAUUUUUUAUUAGCUUCAUUGUAUAAAAACUACCCUUUUGUAGUGAUUGUAAUGUAAUUCAAGCGUCCGUA